CCUAAAGCUACCAGACGUCUGUUUCUCUCUCUGCUCGUUAAAAAUGGAGGCCACUGUUUCGCGCGCUUCCCUCUUAUUGCCCUCUACUUUCUCACUCCCAAGCCUUGCCCUCCGAUUACCCUUUAACCCCCAAAAACCCACUCCCCGCCGUCAUUUCUCCUUCUCCAGUGUCCGUUCCAACCCCAAACCCACCACAACCGCCGCCAAAGCCCUCCCCGAAACCUUCAUAUCCCGAUUCGCAGCGGACGAACCCAGAAAGGGAUCCGACGUCCUCGUCGAAGCCCUCGAGCGCGAAGGCGUCACCAACGUCUUCGCCUCCCAGGGCGUCGCGUCAUUGGAGAUCCACAAAGCCCUCAGACGCUCCACCACCAUCCGAAACGUCACUGCGCGGCACGAACAGGGUGGUGUCUUCGCUACCAACGGCUACGCACGCGCCUCCGGUCUCCCGGGCGUCUGCUUCGCCACCACUUCGGGGGCCGGCGCCACCAAUCUGGCCAGCGGACUCGCUGACGCGUUGCUCGAUAGCGUCCCAAUAGUGGUCAUUAACGAACAAGUCCCCAGUCGGACAAUCGGCACUGACGGAUUUCAAGAAACCUCAACAAUCGUUGAGGUAACUCGCUCGAUCACUAAGCAUAAUUACCUUGUUUUAGAUGUAGAAGACAUUCCUAGAACUGUGCGUGAAGCUUUCUUUAUUGCAUCUUCGGGCCGACCAGGUCCUGUGUUAAUUAAUAUUCCAAAAGAUAUACUACAACAACAAAUGGUUGUUCCAAAUUGGGAUCAACCCAUUAAAUUACCUGAUUACACGCCUAAAUUGCCAAAACCACCCAAUGAGCCCCAAUUGGAACAGAUUGUUAGGUUGAUAUCGGAGUCAAAGAGGCCUGUUUUGUAUGUGGGUGGUGGGUGUUUGGAUUCAAGUGAGGAGUUGAGGCGAUUUGUGGAGCUUACCGGGAUUCCGGUGGCAUGUAGUUUAAUGGGUAUCGGGGCAUACCCGUGUUCUGAUGAGCUUUGCCUACAACUGCUUGGAAUGCACGGUACUGUUUAUGCUAAUUAUGGUGUAGAUAAAAGUGAUUUGUUGCUUGCCCUUGGCGUAAGUUUUGAUGACCGUGCGAUUAGAAAGCUUGAAACUUUCGCUAGCCAGGCUAAAAUUGUUCAUAUUGACAUAGAUUCAGUUGAGAUAGGGAAGAAUAAGCAAGCACAUUGGCCGUUUUGGGCAGAUGUGAAGUUGGCUCUGAACGGUAUGAAUAUGAUACUAGAGAGGAAAGAAGGUGAGGGUAAGCUUGAUUUUUCAGCUUGGAGGCAGGAGCUCAAGAUGCAGAAAAUUAAAAACCCUUCGAGUUUCAAGACUUUUGAAGAAGCUAUUCCUCCACAAUAUGCAAUUCAGGUUCUUGGUGAGUUGACGAAGGGGAAUGCCAUCAUAACUACUGGUGGUGCUGGGCAGCAUCAAAUAUGGGCUGCGUGUUUCUACAAGUUUAAUACGCCUAGGCAGUGGCUGACAUCAGGUGGAUUGGGGUUUAUGGGUUUUGGUUUACCUGUGGCAAUCGGGGCUGCUGUUGCACGACCUGAUGCUGUUGUUGUGGACAUUGAUGGAGAGAGAAGUUUCCUGAUGAAUGUACAAGAGUUGGGGACAAUCGGUAGGGAGGAUCUUCCGGUGAAGAUAAUGCUGCUGAGCAACCGACGUCCGGGUAUGGUUCGUCAUUGGGAUGAUCCGGUGAAGCUUGCACAAGCUUGGAAUAUACCUGCUGCCCGUGUGACAAAGAAGGAAGAUGUUAGAGCUGCAAUUCAGAAAAUGUUGGAUACCCCUGGUCCCUACUUGCUGGAUGUAGUUGGACCAUAUGAGUGGUCGGGAGCCUUGGAAGAUGUGAUCACCCAAGGUAAUGGGACAUUCACAUAUUGAUAUUGACCUGUUUUAUUUUCAGCUUUACACAGUUCUAAAUGUUGUAUUUUAGUUCGUUAUUGGGGGUGGGUAUACUUCGUUUAUUUCAUGCACUGUUUGUAAAAUAGCAAUAAUGAGCUGUUUUUGUCAUUUUGAGACUAUUACGAAUAUGAAGUUGGAUGUAUUUGUUCCAAAGCUUCUGUACUUGCACAAAAGCUAUUUGUUCCAAAGCUUCUGUACUUGCACAAAAGCUAGCUUUUGUGCAAGUACAGAAGCUCACAUAAUUGUAGCUUGAAUGUUGGUCCGAUAAUAAAUCGAA